AAGAUGGCGCGCGCCUGCCGACAAGGGUCCCAUUAGGCCCCUCCCCUUCGCCCCAUUCCAUCCCCCCCACCGGCGGCGCCUUUGCCCUUCCCAACAUGGCGGCCGCGUAGCGCCCUUUACGUGGUGGGGGCACGUGACACUCGCUCUUCAACAGGACUUCUCCCUGCCGUUCCGCCGCGGGUCACGUGUCCGGCGGCCUUGCCCGCGCGCGCCUGCGCGUUAGCAACGCUCGUCCCUCUUCGCCACCUCUCCCUCGGCCCCAUCCCUUCCCUCCCCCUUUCCUCCUUCCCCGGCCGGGACGGCGGCGGCGGCGGCGGCGGCAAGAUGGCGGCAGCGACGGUGGCUGGGAGGGCUCAGGCUCAGGCUCCGCGCGAAGGUGGCUUGGGCUCCUCUGGGCGCCCGCCCAGGCGGCAGGAAAGACUCUGAGGCGGCGGCGGCGGCGGCGAGGAGGAGGAGGAGGAGGAGGAAGCGGCAGCCAGGUGAGGAAGGGGCUCCCGCGACUCCCCCUGCCACACCCUCCCCCCGCACGCGCACCUGAGCACCGGGAGGGAGGGGCGCCCCACCUACGAGGAGGCGACGGGGUGGGGGGGGGGGAGAAGGGCUGAAGGAGCACCUCUAGGGCGACCCCCCGUCCUCUUAUAUGUGGAGGGGGAAGCAGGUAGGGAGACCCCUCCCCGCAAUAGACAACCGUGGCACCUGCGAGGGGAAAUGAGGAGCCCCCCCCCAUCCACGCGCGCUGCCUGUUUUCUCCAGAGGGAGGGGGCUUUGCCUGGGCAAGUGGGGAGGAGGGUGGGGUUGGCCCGAAGGGGUUCCUGAAGGGAAUGGCUCCCCUGGAUAUCUCCGCCCCCCCCCAGCGUCAGAGGAAUGCCUGGACAGACAGACCUGGGGAGGGGGCUUUGGGGAAAGGGGGGAGCCUCAUUAGCUCAAUUUCCAGCGAUGCCUGAAAAAGGGGGUGCAGUUAUCAAGCGAGGACCUGAAAAGGGGGUGCAGUUAUCAAGCGAGGACCUGAAAAGGGGGUGCAGUUGUCAAGCGAGGACCUGAAAAGGGGGUGCAGUUAUCAAGCGAGGACCUGAAAAGGGGGUGCAGUUAUCAAGCGAGGGGCGGUGUUGAGAGGUUUCCGCGCAGCGAAGGCUGGAGGGCGAUGCCAAAAGGCUUGGAGGAAGUUCCUUCUGGCCCGCGCAGGGCUGAGGACAGGGGCCGCCUGGCCCUCCCGCUCCUUUGCUCCGUCAUGGGAAAGAGAGGCUGGCCCCGCCUGAAAUGGCAGCCGGCAUAGGGACCCCGUCGUGGGACUGGGGCCAGGCCAAGGCAAGGGCCUCCUUGGCUGGGUCUCUCUCUUUAAGGAAGCUGAGCUGCCUGCCCAGCAGGGGAGAGGGAACCAGGGGGUGCCUCCUCUGCCUGCAAUGGCGGCUGUGCUGAGCUGCGCCUCUCCUCUCCAGCCCAGAGGGCCCACCCCUCCUUUUUUGCCCAGGUGGGCUCAGUGUUUCCCUGCUCAGCUGAGGCCCCCAGAGCCUCUUUGCCCAGCAGGAUGACACAGGCAUGGCUCCUCUGCCUCAGCGCCUGCUCCUGCUGCUGCCAGAAUUUGUCAUGUGAAGAAGACAAAUUCUGCUUUCACUUUCUUGGCUUUGCUUGUGCUGAUCUGAUGUGGCAGAAAUGGCCCUGCUGCGAGGGGGGCAUGUGGGUUGUUAUUUUAUGGGGGGGGGGAUGCCUUCCCAGCAGCUAUAUUGAGGUUUCUCACCGCUGUUACCCAUGGGCACUCUUGCCAACUCUUUCUGCGUGGUGGCGGUUUUGAGAGUGGUACCUCCAGAGCAGGGCUUGGCACAGUGGACCGUUGUUCGUUUGUAUUAAGUGGUAUUUUGUGUUAAGUGGUAUCAGAGAAUAUUCUAGAUUCUUAGCCAAAGGAGGGGUUGGUUUAAAAAAGCAAAACACUUUACCCAAGAAAUGGAAGUUUCUUGUUCUAAGUGGGAGAUACUGAGGAAAGUUCUUGAGCAACUUCUGAAUUCAGCACCAAUCCUAACACACCCACUGCGAACAAAUGGAGGUGUCCCCACUCCCUGAACUUAACUGAGCCCUUGGAAGCCUCUUUAACCAGUCCAGCAUCCUGUCUCUCACACUGACCCAGAGAAGUCACAAAAGCAGGUCAUGAGGCCACACUUACUCUGUUGCCCCUUCCUGUUUGCCGGCCCACAAACAGCCUCCUGGGGGAAAGGGCCAAGGUGGCUGGUACUCUUGGGGCUGGCAUCCUAAAUGGCAUUUAAUGCCCAAGUCAACAUGGGCAGGACUGGAGUGUAAACUCUGAAAGGAGGCUCUGAAGUGUUGCUCUGCUUGGGCAGAAAUUACUUCAACCAGAGGCUGCAAGGGUCAGGGACGCUCCAUGGCCAGGCUACCUCUGCUCCUCCGGGUAAGAGAACUGUAUCUCCCACUUCUUGCCACCUGGUGCAAAGCUCUUUCCAUGCAUCCUGGGUGCAAAUGUCAACUGUGGCGCUUUGUGGAGGGACUUUGAUCUCUGUGGGGUGGAGCACACCCUCUCCCAGCCUCACUUUUGGAGCAAACAGGGCUGGUGUUCCUCUGCUGGCUUUCCAUGGACCUUGGAGGGUUGGUCUUGGAUUUCAGCUCCUAUCAGCCACAGCCAAUCCUUGUAGCCAAAGAGUACUACAGGAACUUCUGGGCAGCUCAGGUUCCGUAGAGUCAUGGUCCAAGGGCAUAAGCCUCAUUUUGGGUGCUAAGUGGCUAAAAUUCAAAUCCAGAACUAGCACGUUUUAUUUUCACGUUGCAAUAGUUAUAUACUACUUGAUUGUAAUAAACCUUGAUGCCCAUGUGAGCAGGGAGGAGAGGAAGGCAUCUGCCAAAGAAAUUGAGGGGAAGGACACUUGUUUUGCAUGCAGAAGGUUCCAGGUUCAACCCUCAGCACUUCUAGGUAGGACAGGGAGAGACUCCUGCCCCAAACUCUGGGGAGUUCUCACUGCCAGUCAGUGCAGGCAGUACUCAAACUAGGUGAAGGCAGCUUCCUAGGCUCCAAAGUUUGAACAGGAUGCUGCAUCCUCAUUGAGGAACCCCAGAGUUCACCUGGAGAGACCCUGAUCUGCUUGGCAUAAGGGCACUGAAGACAGUUUGGGGGAGGGGUUCCUACCACAGGGGAGGGGGACAGACACUUUCCCCUUUGUCUUGUGAGGACAGGCAGCAGGUCAUUCCUUGCAGUUCCCAUUUAUCGGAUUUGGAGAUUGAUAGAGUAUUUUAUUUAGAAUUAUUGCCCCUCUGUCGGUUUUGAAAUUUGAGGCAGCAAGUAUGAUGAAGCACAAUGCGGAUGCAGAGAUAUAAAUAUAUAGGAAGCUUUUGCCAGCUUCAGUUGCCUGUGGCUCUCACUGUGAAGAGGCAGGCAGCCCAUAAUAGUUCCAUCCUGAAAGGCCAACUUGUCUUGACAUUUGGGCCCUGAAUGGAAACAGAAGGCCUCCCGCUCACUUUCUUUUCCAGGAUGUCGGUGCAGGAAGGAGGGAAUUGAUCAGCCAAUGACAGCUGAACAGGAGGGCCGGGAGAGGGGAGAGAUGUGGCCCUGCUGGCCUGUCUGUCUGACCCUUGGGACUCUUCCAGGUCCCAAUCCUCACUGGCCUCACUUUGCCCCUUCCCCUUGAGUGCUUUUGCCUGGAUGGGAUAUGGUAUUAAACUGUGAUGGCACCUCACUUCCCAGGGCCAUUUGUAGAAAGCAGCUUACUCUACAGAGGCAAAACCUACAUUUGUUGCUCCGCCCACUUCUGCCUCUGGGCUUGCCCACCCCCCAGAACGGGGAUGUGGCCCUUGGGCUAUACAGCAGAAAAUUGUGAUCCUGUGUGCUUGUGUGUUAAUUGAAACUCCUGGAAGGGAAGAGGCAACUUUGUCUCCCACUUGGAUUUUCUGCCUCUUUAGAUGUGAGAAGGAUGCAGAAGCCAUUAUUGGGGCGGGGGGGGGGCAUUCUCCUUUCCGCAGGAGGCACUGAUGGCCUCUGACCAUCCACUUGGUCAGUUGGCUUCUCAGCAUCUCUGUUGCACCACUAAAAACCUCUGCAAUGGGGCUGCCAGCUGAGCGAACAGCCCGUUUUUGCAGUGUGGGAGUGGUCUCUAGAUCUGUGCCCCCCAUUCUUCAGAUGUUGUAUUGUGUUUUUACUAUUUUUUGUUGGGAGCUGCCCAGAGUCCCUGAGGCAAGAUGGGUGGCAUAUCAUUAUUGUUGUUAUUAUUAUUAUUAUUAUUAAUAAUAAUAUGUUUCCUCUCCCCUGGGUCUCCUGCCCUCCAUGGACCAUAGGGCUCUCACCUACCUUGCACCAUUGCAGCAACCCUCUAGGGAGGAUUUGACUUGCCUGCCCAAGAGGCCGCUUUGAUGGCUCAGCAGAGAUUUGAAGGGUCCUGCUCCCCACCACCCCGACCCCAUAUUGAUGGCUCCUUUACGAUUAUCCAUCUGGAUUUGAGCAGAGGAGCAGUUUUCUCCCUUGUUGUGCAACGGUAAAGCAGGUGACUUGCUGGCUAGGUGUACAGCCUUUAGUUUUGCGGUGAGAAACCUGUAGCCAGUCCUGGGAAUGAAGCUUCUCUGGUAGGGAAAGGAUGAAAGCAAAGCCUGACUUGCAUGUGGGAAGACCCUGCAGGGAGCCAGAGAACUUGCCCUAAAAGCAGCAGGGGGCAGAAGCUCUGGCUGGAUUGGUUCCCCCCCCCCCCUGCUUUAAGACCUGAGAAGAGCCCCCCGGCGGGGCUCCGCAGACCUUGGUGACUUUUCCCUGCAGGAGGGCACACAGCACCCCCUCCCUUGAGGUUGUAGCUCAUCUCUCCCUCCACAAGGGCCGGCUUCUGCCUUCCGGGGGCCAGAGCAGAAGCCAGCGUUGGACUUUCCUUUCUGCCAGCCAUUCCUGGUUUGGGCCGACUUUGAGCAAAAUGGGGGUGGGUGGGGGGGCGUGGACCGAAACCUUUGCAAGCUGUCUCUGCCCCGGCAAUUACAACGUCAGACAGAUUCCGAGGCAACAACCGGCAAUUAAGAGGGUUGGGUUUCCCCUCUUUCUCCUCCCAUGAAGUUCAGGGAACUUGGGCUGCAGACUGUCGGUCUGCAUUGGCUGGGGCGCCUGGGAGAGAUGCACAAACACACCCCAGGCAGGGAAAGGCUCCUGGUGGGAAUGGCUGGAGGCUGGGAAGGUUUGCAUUUUGGAUGCCUGCCAGCCCGCCUAGAGAAAAACCUGUUAAUCGUAGAAUUGCAGAGUUGGAAAUGAACCCAAGGGUCAUAUAGUCCAACCCUCUGCAACGCAGAAAUUGCAACUAAAGCAUCCCAGAAAGGUAGCUAUCCAAUCUCUGCUUUAAAAUCUCCAAUGAAGGAGAGUCCACCACCUUCAGGACGCCUCCCUGAGGCUGUGGCAGAAAGCAUAACCAGCCAGCAGUGAAGGGAACUAUUUCUUACCUGCGUGCUCUGCAGGAAAAGAAUUUGUGCGUGCAGCUGGUAUGAAGCUUGCAAUUCAGAAGCCUAAGAAUUUAUGCUUAAGAAACCCAAGUUGCUAGUCCUUAUGGCUGCAGGUUCACCCUCCAGCAGCUGGUUCAAAGAUGGCUGUCCUCUGCCCCCUCCUGUUCGGGGGGGGGCAUUUGGCAACAGGCCCCCAGCACUGACCCACCGUUGCCUCCAGGCUUGGCUUGGCUUCAGAUUAUUUUGAAAAAUACCAAAGAGAAGUCUUAACAUCAAAUGUGAAUCCUUGGAACUGCCAAACCCAUGGUCCUUUCAUCUCAAACCUGUGCAUCUUCCAUUAAUGCAUUCCUUCAGAGCUACGGGUGUGUGCCGGGGGGGGGGAGACCCCACCCAAUUCUUUUCUGAGGGAGGGGUCUUGCUCCCUGGGCUUAAAGGUAUGGAUGGAGACCAAGGACAUAGCCAAGACCCCUUAGGGAGGCUUUUGCUUCAUGACAUCCUUCUUAGCAAGGAGCAUUCAGAAGAGACAUACGUUUUAUUUAAGUGGGGAGGAAUGCAAAGAUGUUGAACUCUCUAGCAAAUCCUCAAGAGGGGUCUUAGCCUGUGAAGCCACAGGGUUGGUAACUGGAGCACAAACUAUUUUCCGUUUUUAUGGAUUAAUAUCACUAUUAAAGCAUUUCUACCGCACAGUUUAGCCAGAAAGGCUCCCAGAGUGGUUUAUAGAACAAUAAGUAAAACAAGGCAGUUCCUGCCCUCAGGCUGACAGUCUGAAAGAUAUGACACAGAAGGAAAAUUGGGUGGGGAAGGAGGAGGAAGAAAAACAAACUUAGGCACCAGUUUUUAAAGUUACAGCUGAAGGAGCCCUUCUUCUCCUCCUCCUCCUCCUCCUCCUCCUCCUCCUCCUCCUCUCUCUCUGGCCCUGGAGAAGGGCAAUGUCUUUCUUUAAUCCACUAAGUCGCAGUGAUAGGCAGACUCUCUCCUCUCAACAGUCUCCCCUUUUCUCAGUUGGGCGGGGUGUAGGCAUAGCACCCUCCUUUGAGUCCUGCUUCGGGGGGGGGAGUGAAGUUCUCAAGCGUGAGGUUGAUGGAAGCUCCCUGAGGCAUGCAAGCCACUGAUACUGAAUGUUUGGAAGCAUGGAAAGGGUGAGCUUUGUGGGCUGGUUGGGAGCCCAUUGUAGGCCGAAAGAACCAGCGUGGCUGGCGUGUAUGUGUGUGUGUUGGGGAGGAUGCAGAAAGACUCUCCUUUGUGACCCCAGAUAGGGCGCAUUGGCCAAGACUUGCACCUGAGCCGUGUUGGGUGGAGGUCUCUUGAUGCUCCAGGUCUUGUUCCUGCCCCCCAAGGGUCCUGAGCAGGUGCAGGGGACCUGUGGUUGGUGUGUCAUCCAAUCACCCUCUCCAGACCUCUGUGGGUUGUAGGGGUGGCAGAUGUGCCGAGGAAAGGGCAGAACUGCCUGUCAUCUGAGGUGGGGUAGGGCCUGCCCCUCUUCCCUUCUCACACAUCUCUCUUGGGGAAGCCAGAUCAUGAGAGCAGCAGGCAGGUCGGGAAGCGAGCGAGGGAGAUGGCGGCCGCCUCCACUGUCUGCUUGAGGGCGUGCCAGGGAACUGGGGACCUCUGGCUGGGCCAGACUGACAGCCAUGGGGUCUGAAUAACAUGUGUGGCAUUUCUCCCCCCGCCCCCUCUCUUGUUUUGAAGCUGCCACGUGGAAUGGUGCCAUGGCCAACUCCUCAGACAGCGACGAGGACAGCUUCAUGGCCGUGGACCCCGAGGAAGCUGCGGCCGACGGGGCCACCAUGGAGCAGGAUGAGGGGGAGCCCAGCGCCAGGCCGGAGGAAGAGAGCGAGGGAGGGGGCGCCAGGCUCCGCCGGUCCAUGCAGGAGCUGCCGGAAGAAGUGCUGGAGUACAUAUUGUCCUUCCUCUCGCCCUACCAGGAGCACAAGAUGGCAGCCCUGGUUUGCAAACAGUGGUACCGCCUUAUCAAAGGUACUUGCGUUUGGCGGGGGAGGACAGCUGGAGUCUCCCCUGAUGGCAAGCCAGGCUUCCCCGUAGUUCACAGGCCUCUCCUGAGUUUCUACUCCCAAAGAGACUCGCCUGGAGAAGCAGCAGAAGCAGGCUGCGCAGAAGGUGUUUGGCCAGGGUUCUCAGUAUCCUGCUCAGCCCUUUGUUGGCAGAAUCAGAGCCACCUUGCACUGCUUGAAAUCUCGAGGGAGCCGCAAGAGGUGCCUAACCUCUGUGGUCAGGGCAGCCCCAAUGUGGAGCACCAGAGAGCUGGAGCCAGCUUGGCCUUGGGGCAGUUACGGGUCUUGGGUGGGAAAUUCCCAGCGGUGAUGCCUUGCUCUCUCUUCCUCCUCCAGGUGUGGCCCACCAGUGCUACCACGGCUUCAUCAAGGCGGUUCAAGAAGGCAACAUCCAGUGGGAGAGCCGCACCUAUCCCUACCCUGGGACCCCCAUAACCCAGCGCUUCUCACACAGUGAGUCCCUGGUUGGGGAGCUGACUACAGGGCAUAGGGGUGGGUGGCAGAGGUCUGCAGCCCUGGGACCCCUUUCUCAGCUUCCUUGCAUGGAAGAUUUCAAGUCUGGAGGUGGCCUUGUUUUCAACAGAGAGCAGGGGAGGUGGAAGGUGGGGAUUGGGAAAUGGGCCGGCGGGGAGGGGGUGGGAUUAAGCCCUUUGCAGAGCAGCCGUGGGGAAGGGGGAACUUCUGCCUCCUUUGCAGGAGCCCCAGUUGGCCCACAGGCCCAUUCUCCCCAAGACAUCUGGUGUGGGGCAGCUAAAGUUGUAGCUGCUCCCUGGAAAGUGUGCUGCCAGCCAACUGAUCGCCAGGGCCCACGGUGGAUAAAGGAAAACGCUUCACCUGACCUCUGGGUGGCCCAUAAAAACACCCAGAGAGCCCUGCAGCAGCAGGAUCAGGCUGGAGGGACCCGUCUUGGUCUCUAAACCUUCCUCCUCCUCGUGGUCAUUUGCCGGCAAGCCAUGCUUUCUUCUUGACAACCGUCUCUCUCACGAGACAAUGGAGUGCACCUCCAGGGGUGACGCCGAACUGCUGCCUUAGCACCAAAGUGACCUCCCUCGGACACAAGCCUGGGCAGUGUGCAUGGAGGUCCUGGGCUGCCCAGAUGACAAGACCCCGCUCUCAGCCUCACUGAAGUGGUCCAAAGGGAAACAGAGCAAUGCCUUUGACAAUCAGCUGGGCCACAAGAGUUGCUGGAAGGAGGCGUACAAUGAGGGGAGGGGUGUCACCAGCCAUGUCAGUAAAUGGGCAGAGGAGAGAUGCCCCUGUGGAGCCUGCGUGUUCAGAGGCAGUCUACCACUCAAGGACAGUCAGCUUAUGGGGGCUGAGCGCUGCUUGUGGGCUUCCUCCAGGCCACAGUAAGGCAAGAGGCUGCUGGGCCAGAUGGAGUCCUCUGGGGGCCAGGGGUGGGCUUGGGCGUCUCUCCCCCUCUCUCUCAGGGUGGAGUUUGAGUUUGCUAGGCACUCAGGGCUGGUGUUCCUUCUUUCCUGGUCCCUCCAGGCGCCUGUUACUACGAUGCCAACCAGUCCAUGUAUGUCUUUGGCGGCUGCACCCAGAGCAGCUGCAACGCUGCUUUCAACGACCUCUGGAGGCUGGACCUGAACAGCAAAGAGUGGAUCCGGCCACUGGCCUCAGGUGAGAGCAGGUGCAAGCUUGGGGUUGGCUGGGAGGAGGCUGCCAUCCUGGGGCCACCCAGAGGAGUUCUUGGCCAGAAACCUGGGCUGAAGCGGAGUCAGAGGGGGUUCCUUCUCAUCCAUGCCUCUUGGUCACGGGAUGCAGCUCCUUGAACGCUAAGGAGGAGGGGAGGAUGACAUCCAAGGCCCUGUAGACGUUGCUAGACCUCUGCUCCUGAGGAGCAGGGAGGCAGGAGAGGUGGCAGUUGCUGUCUACAGCUCAGGUACAGAGCCAGAAAGAGCCACAGGCUGCGUGGCUUCUGCCUUCCACACAGAGCAAGAUGGGGCAAGGAUGCUCUUGGGAUGCCUCGCUGAUGUCUGGAGUACCUGCCGGCUCCUAGCGCAGGGCCAUGCAUUCCCCAUCACUGGGAGCUCCCCUUUCAGGGCUUGGGAGAGCCGGCUGAGGUGUGCUUCUGUCGGUGGCCCCCACGGCAGCCAGAGGGAGUGUGGGAAAUGGACGAUCCUUCCCACAAUCCUCAGCUGCAUGGAUGGUACUGAGGAGAGGCAGUUCCCACAACCCCCUGGUUUUUAAUAACAGUGGUGAUUGCUUUAACACCUUAAAAAAACAAAACUGCUUCAGGAAAUUGGGGGAGGCAUUUUAUGGGUUCCGCUAUGUAGGGGGUCAAGGACCGAAAGCUCUCCCCCCCCCCAAAAAAAAACCUCAGGAUAGGGUUUUCUUGCCGCCGUCCCUCCCGCUGGCUUCUCCAUGGAUCUUCUGUUGCAAAUGUUGCAUACAGUCAUUUCUUAAUUCUUUUCCUUUGCCAUUAGAAAUUCCUGCUUCACACGGCAGCUGCUUUUCUCACCUGCCAGGGAGCGUGUUUUGUAAAGAACAAAAUCUGAUGGGGGGGGCCUGGCUUCUGGGGCACCCCCAGGUGUCCUGCUGACCCUCGGAAGCACCUGCCCCAUGGCAAGGGUCUGGCUGCAGCAGCUGGGGCCUUUGGGGCAAGGGGGUGGGGAGGUGGCAAGCAUCGCCACCCCCACCCACCUUCCUGCCAUGGAGUCCCCUUGCAGCUGGGGCUGGGAAGAGGGAUGGGAGCCUGCAGGGUGUGGACGUGGGUGGGUGGAGAGGCAGGACUGUGGGGCAGGGUUAGACAGAACUCUAAAUGCCCCACAUGCAACCCCUCAGCCUCUUCGACCGGCGAAACACAUAACACCAGUUCCACAAUUACAGACAUACCUUGGAAGUUGAACAGAAUCCGUUCCAGAAGUCCGUUUGACUUCUGAAAUGUUUGGAAACCAAGGUGCGGCUUCCGAUUGCUUCCCAAUUGCGCAGGCGCGCUGGAAACAAUAGUGGAAGCCACGCCGGACGUUCGUCUUCCAAAAAACGUUUGAAAACUUCCAGUUUUCAAUUGUUCGGGAGCAGAACGUUCGACUCCGAAGGCGUUUGGGAGCCAAGGUACGACUGUAUAAGAAUUCAGGACCUGCACUUUGGAACUCCCUGCCUGUUGACAUUAAGCAGGUGCCUUCACUGUCUUCUUUUCAAUGCCUGCUAAAAGCAUUACUAUUUAGACAAGCCUGUCCAGGCGCUUAGAAAGUUGAAUUUUGACUUUAUAUAUGUUUUAAAGCACCGCUGGUAAGUUUUUGUUGAUUUUAUUGUUUUAUCUGUUCGUAAACCGCUUUGAGGGGUGUUGCAAUAUGCCAUCUACCCAAAGCAAAAAAAAAGGGGGGAGAGCUGAUGGGUGCUAGUGGGGUGUAGAUGUUCCAGCAGGUGGCGGGGACAUCCAGGCGACACCCCCUCCCCCCCCCACUCUGGUCUGGAUGCUGAAAUGCAGCCCAGCUGUGAGUCUCCUCCCUUGCAAUGGCAGGAGAGACAAAGCUUGAGUUGGGGAAGGAAAGCCCCCCCCCCAGUAAAUUGCCAGGGAGUUGCAGGCGGGGCGUCCUCAACCCCCCAACACCUGCCUGUCAGCCUGGCAGGAAAUUAGGGGUUUUGUGCUUCCCCUUUCAAGAGCUGCCUGACGAAAGCAUUAAUUAACUUGUACAAGGAGCUGACAGCUCUUCCCUCGACUGCUCCCCCCUCCACGGAAAGGAAGGAGGGAGUUCAAUUUGCAGCCAGGCGGCAGGUCCCUCUGCUUCCAGCAAAUGGGAGCAAGAGAUGCAGGCUGUUCUCUUUUUUGGGGGGGGGGUGUCUGUCGUGACCGCAGGGCCCCCUUGCAUCCCCAACACCCCACCCCUUAGAGCAGCACUGCAAAAGGGCUGUGUGUUCCGUGUUUCUCCUUUUCGUUUCUUAAACCAAACCAAGAAACGGGUUCCUAGUCCUCAAGGGGGCAGGUGUGGAACUGGCAGAAAGGGGAGGGUCUGUGGGCGGAUGUGACCCUGUCCUGCAUGCUCUGUGUUCCUCUUUCGUCUUUCUUUGGGUGCAGGCAGAGGAGCAGAAAUGCUGGUUUCUCUGAAGUAAAAGCGUAGCCCUUUCACACACACAGAAGCUCGCUGCAUUCCUGAUUCUCUUCCCCCCUCCCCGGCACUUGACAAUGAAGUUUCCGCCAGGGAGGGCUAUUUUUGUCCCAGCGCUGCACUGCCCUGUCCACUUCCUCUGGAAUUCAGGGAGGCUCUCCAGGGAACUCUGGGAUCCGUUGAGCCUUGGGGGGGGGGUUGCCAUGUGCCAGGCUUUGGAUGGUCUAGCUUUAGGGGCCUAUUUUUGCAGUCUUGCAGGCGUGAGCUGCAAAUAGCCCCAUCCCCAAUUUUGGUCUUGGAUCCUGCUGGCAACUCUGGCCUCUGACUCUCGAGGUCGCCUUGGAAGUGUUGGUGGCGCCAAGUUCCCAAGGACGUCUCUGGGUGCCCAGUUACCUUUCCUGCAUGUCUCUCCCCACCCCGUUGGGUAGGACUGCAGUAUCCCACCCACCAGCCCUGUCUGCUCUCUCCAUGAAAGGAUAAUCCUCUGGAGGAAGAAACAGCGUCUCCUGGCUUGGGAAGAAUCAGAGGCUGGAGCCACAGGCGCUUUCCUCUCUCAAUGUUGGCUGACUCGGGGACAGGGAGGAAUUAUAAAACUGUAGAAGUGGAAGGGACCCCAAAAGUCAUCUAUCCCAACCUUCUGCAGUGUAGGAAUCACUCUCAAUCCAGUGGUUAGGAUUCCAUGAACUUGCUUAGAAUCAUUAGGUACCACUUCAUAGCAGCAGCUUCUCACAGUAAAAAUCAGAUUCGAUAACAGAAAUCACCCGAUGCUGGCAGGAUAGGUUGGGGCAGGUGGCGUUUCCAGGGGGCAGAGAGCCUAGCUUCCUUGCUGACAUUGGCACUCGGGCAACAGGAAAGGGGCAGCCCCAAGACUCCUCUGCCCUUGCUCAACCUCAUUUGCAGGCAGCCCCAAGACUCCUCUGCCCUUGCUCAACCUCAUUUGCAGACAAGAUGCAAAGGCUUCUUCAAAAUGGGAUCUCCUUGCCUUCCAACCAGGGCUUUCCAUUCCACGUUGGAGACAGACAGCGGCUUGUGUCCCCCGUUGCUUGCCCAACUUCAGGCAGAAUGGCAAACUUUGGCCAUUGCAAAUCGGGUAGUUGCGGGAGGGUGGUGCUGGUGGGUCAGGUCCUCGGCUGUCUGUGGCUUUUUCAUCUAUGUCUGUAUCCAGGGAGCCCUUUCCUAAGCGAGGUCUGCUUUUCUCUCCCUCCUCCCUGCAGGCUCUUACCCUUCACCCAAGGCGGGGGCCACCCUGGUGGUAUACAAAGACUUGCUGGUGUUGUUUGGAGGCUGGACGCGACCCAGCCCUUACCCCCUGCACCAGCCAGAGAGGUUCUUCGACGAAAUCCAUACCUAUUCGCCCUCCAAGAAUUGGUAAGAGCCGUUCGGAACAACAGUCUGUCAUUCUCAAACCUUCAUUUCAGGUGUAUAGAAUCGCAGAACUGUAGAUUUGGGGUCCCACAGGUCACCUGGUCCUGCGAUGCUGGAAUCACAGCUAAAGAAUUGCUAGCAGGUGCCCAACCAACCUCCUGCUUAAAUACCUGCAAUGAAGGAGAGCCCACGAGUGUCCGAUGGAGACCUUCAGAAAGCUCCUCCUGAUGUUUAGUCAGAAUCUCCUUUCUUGGAACUUGAAUCUGUUGGUUCAGGUCUGGAGCAGCAGAAAACAAGCUGCCUCCAUCUUCCAUGGGGCAGGCCUUCAGAUGUUUGGCUAUCUAAAGGGCCAUCACACGGACGAUGGAGCAAACCUCUCUCCCGCCCCUCCUUUUUUUUUAUUCAGUGAUUUGUACACUGCCCAAUAACAGCCGUCCUGCAUUGAUUUGAUUUUUUUAUUUAAUUUUUUUGCUGUGGAAAUUGGAGUGUGAGCACGGUAAGAAUUUUCAUUAACUUUUAUCUAUAUAACCCAGUUAACAAAAUAACAUUUUGUGGGGCGAACGCACGAAAGAUAAACCGAGCCAAACCAAGGCUAGGGUGGGAUGUUACGUGCGCAAGAGAAAGUGAUAAAGCUGGUUAUCCAGAGAUCUGCGAUAAGAUACAGACAAGUUGGCCCAGCUGUGAGCAGCCUGAGGAAGCGCCACCCCCUUGGGCCUGCCCACAAAAAGCACUCGCUGCUUCCAGGAACUCUUCUCGCGGUGAGACUGCUGUGGGUGAGCUGAGCGUUUGUGAGACCCCAGGGUGAGAACCUGGAGGCUGAGAAGAAGGAAGAGUGUGUCCAAAGGGAAAUGAAUUUACAGUGGUGCCUCGCAAGACGAAAUUAAUCCGUUCCGCGAGUGUCUUCGUCUAGCGGUUUUUUCGUCUUGCGAAGCAACCCUAUUAGCGUCUUAAUGGAUUAGCGCUAUUAGCGGUUUAGCGGCUAUUAAAGGCUUAUCGCCUUAGCGGAUUAGCUGCUAAAAGGCUAUUAAAGGCUUAGCGGCUUAGAUUAAGGGGGGGGGAAAGCGGGGAAAAAAUCUCAAGACUCGCAAGACAUUUUCGUCUUGCGAAGCAAGCCCAUAGGGAAAUUCGUCCUGCGAAGCAACUCAAAAACGGAAAACCCUUUCGUCUAGCGGGUUUUCCGUCUUGCGAGGCAUUCGUCUUGCGGGGCACCACUGUAUAUUGAUGUAUAUUUAUCAGCAACUCUGUAUUAAUGCAACAUUUUCAUAGAUAUUUUUGUAAUGUUUUGUUCAAGUUGCCCGUCAUUGAUUUUUGCACACCACUUGGAGACUUUAAGCAGUAUAGAAAUUUAAAGAUCAAGGGAGGUAGUGUGUGUGUGCGCGCGCACUGUUUUGUAGCUUCAUCUGGCCCCUCUCUCUUCUCCUCCUCCUGCCCCCCCUUCAGGUGGAACUGCGUGGUUACCACCCAUGGACCCCCUCCCAUGGCUGGCCACUCCUCCUGUGUCAUCCAGGACAAAAUGAUUGUCUUUGGGGGGUCCCUUGGAUCUCGGCAAAUGUAAGUCUGUUCUUCUCCCCUCCCCUCUUCAAAUGAAAAACACGAUAACGUCCCGCAAGACCACCACCAAAAAGAAGGCUUCCAUCUAAGGUUCUCUCUUUCUGGCAGGAGUAAUGACGUCUGGAUACUGGACCUGGAGCACUGGGCCUGGUCCAAGCCAACCAUCUCCGGGCCCACCCCUCAUCCGCGAGGAGGCCAGUCGCAGGUGAGGGUCUCCUUACCCGCCCCCGCAUCUCUGCUUGCAGUGAGGCCCACCAGGGGGCAAGUGUGGCAGGACCCCUUCCCUUUCUUCUGCAUCCCCUGCCUCAUCCUGCAAGAACCCACUACCUCCCAUCUCUGGCACCUAAAAGGCGUUGUGCCAAGUUAGCCCCCUGGUCUGCCUAGCUCAGUGUCGCUUCCACUGACUGGCAGCAAUGGCUCUGCAGGAAGUCUUUCCCACUCCUGCCUGGAGAUACUGCCAGCAGGGAUUGAACCAGGGGCCUCCUGGAUGGCCUGUGCCAUCGGGAUACAGCUGCUCCUGACCUUGGGAAGGUCUUGGGUGAGCAGCUGCCAGUGGGAGUAGGCAGAGCUUGGCUUCAGUGGGCCAGGCAGGAGCCUGACUCAAUGGAGGGCAGCAGGUGGUUUGCAGGCUCCUGGCCUCUCUGGGCUCCCCAAGACUAUGUACCCACUUUUCUCUCUCCCUCUCUGCCAGAUCGUCAUAGACGACAAAACCAUCCUGGUCCUCGGAGGCUGCGGGGGCCCAAAUGCGGUGAGUAGGCCGUGUUGCGGGGGCUCUUCACUCCCCCAUUCGUUCCCUUUUAAGGCUCCACUACCGAGACGGCCCUCUGCCCGGUUCCCUGUAACUUGGCUUCUCGUAGCAAGGGAACCGCCAGAAGGUCCUCAGAGCUGGACCUCAGUGUCCGGGCAGAAUGAUGGGGGUGGAGAUGCUCCUUUAGAAGCACCCAGCCAGAUUCUGCGGGUGCUGCUUUCCUAGAAGCCACCCAAGACCGGCUUUCUGGCUCUCUGCUCCGCCUGGGCAAAGCAAGUGAGUUGCCCUCCGUUCUGCCUGCUGCUUGUCUUUGGUGGGGUGGAGGAAGGGGGGGGUGGUUCUACAGGAGCAAUAUCAGCAUCAAAGGGGUGGGAUGUCGGGCCUGUCUAGCGCUAUUCCGAAAGAGGUCACCACUGGCUACCUUUUGAAGAGCAAAGGCAGCCCCUCCUCAUCUUGGGGGUGUCCCCAGCCGGCUCCCCUUUGCACCCCAGAAAGAGGACCCCCUCCUGUGCCCGACUGACCCCUCCUUCCUUUUCUGCCCAACAAUGCUGACCUGCCUCCUUGCCCCCAGUUGUUCAAGGACGCCUGGUUGCUGCACAUGAGCUCCGACCCUUGGACCUGGCAACCCCUGAAGGUGGAGAAUGAAGAGCAGGGCGCCCCAGAGCUCUGGUGCCAUCCGGCUUGCAGGGUGAGCGAGGGGGGGGGUUCUGAGGGGGCCGAGGAACAGCUGCCAGGGCUGCCUCUUCACCCACAGCUCUUUCAGUGCGGUGGGCUUCCUUUAAAAUAUUUAAAAGAGGGAGGGAGGGAAAUAAUGAGACCCCCACUUCCCAAGUGGGUUGGUUUGCUGGCAGAGCUGGGAUUUGAACUUUCAGCUCUCAAGCCCAGAGGCAAAUGUGCCUUAGGUACUUGUGGCACAUCUAGCUCCAUAUUGUGUACCAACAGUAGCGGCUCUCAGGGGCUUUCAGGCAAGGGCAGUUCCCAGCCCCGCCUGGAGGUGCUGUUAGGGUUGAGUCUCUUCCCCUCCUGUAGCCUUCUCAAAGCAAGGAAGGAUUGGACUCUGAUUACUAAAAUACACACGAGGCUUGACCAGCAAGACUCUGGGAGGAGGUGCAUAUAAUAAGCCUCUCCACCCACUGGCCCAGGUCGAUUUUUGUUGGUUUUUUUAAAUAUAAUUUUUAUUAACAAACCAAUCAAAUCACAUUAGUUCCAAAUUACACAGCCAAAUUUUAAAAUUUUUGUUGGGGGUACCCAUACUUCGAGCUCAGAAAGGGAUCCAAACACCUCUCUUGCUGCUGCUUUAAUGUUCACAGUUCUGUCCAGAUAGUAUUCACAGUUCUGUUCAGUCUUCUCUUUAUUAUUUUCCUCAUCUUCUUGUUGUUAUCAUAUAUUCCUUUCUUUGUGACCUCUGAUAGUCUCCACAAGCGAGUUGAAAACAAACGUUGUUAUGUCCUGUGUGGAUUUUAUUCCUCCAAGAGCCAUAUUCAAACAGACAGACCCAUUUCUGCACUUCCAUACAAAACAUUCUUAAAGUCUGCCCGUUCUCGCAGGUCUGUCAGUCUCUCCUCAAUCUUCUCAGGGGGUACUGCCAGGUCAAACUCACAGUCCGAUAUAAUAAGCCAUGGUCUCUUCCCCCUCAAUCAUAAAUCCUGUAGCCAGACCUGUCCUUACAAGACUCUUUUUAUAACUGCGUCACAAAGGCCUUUCAUUCCUUUCCAGAUAUUCCACAAGCCAUGCCUUUGAUUAGUAAUUUAUUUCCACACAGUUCUUAAUCAUCCUGCUUGUUAUCAGUAGUUGCAACGAUUCUUCUUGGGGGGAGGAUUGUUAGGUACUCACAUAAGAUAAAAAAAGAAAAGUCCCCCCCCCUUUCAGUCCCGUUCCGACAUACCAACCCUUUGAUGUAUCUUCUUCUUAAUAUGUUGUUGAAUCCAGCCCGUCGCUCCACUUCACAGAGGUCACUUUAGUUAGCAGUCUUAACUCCCGAUCUUCACUCGAAAUAUGUGCAUUUGCUUCUCUCUAAUUGUUUAUUUUGAGCUCCUGAAACCAGGCCGCGCGAUCAGAGACAGCGUCAGGGAGAGCCAUCCCACACGAGGGCUGUGCGCGGAGAGAUGGUAUUGUCGGCCAUCUUCCAAUGCGCCCCUAGCGGCCCCCCUGGCCCAGGUCGUUUUAUUCACAAAAGAACUUUUUACACAGUGUUCGUAAGAACCAAUCAGAUUUCCUCUGAGCAUUUCAAAAACCCCACGUGGGACAAAGUCAGAUCAGAAGAAAUCCUGUUAACUACAAAGACUACUUUGAGCAUGCAAACAUAUCUGAGAGUAAAUAAAACAGGACUAGAGGAAUGCAUUAAGCAAAACCCUGGAGGCCAUAAACAAGCAGUAAAACAUGAGAGAAAGGAUGGCAAGGAAGAUAGGUAUCUUUAUCACCUUCAUGUGAAACUAUUUACUGGCCCUAAGAUUAACAAAACCAAGGAAGGGUGCAUCAAAGCUACCUAUUAACUUUUAUGGCUUAGGAUGUCUGGUGCAGCAACCAGCAACUGGUCUGUGUCCUAGAAUGCUUAUACGUGCUUGUCAGGUGUAGAGAAAGCAAAUGGCAGAGGUGGAGGCUUGUGGGAUUCGAUCAGAAACCAUUGUCAAUGACUCAAGCCCAGUCAAAGCAAUGCUUUCAUCGUGGACACAAUGGCUUGCUUCAUUUUUCAUAAUGCCUCAUAGCAAUCCCACCUGACCCCCACAGCCUGGGUUUUUGCACCCCCCCCCUUUGAGUGGGGCUCAGAGAGAGGAGGAGCUCAGCACCAUCCAGCCCCUGGGAGCCCCGUGUUGCGCUUCUCAGCCCCCUUGCUUUAGGCAGCAGAGAGGGUGACGCUGUGCCCCCGGCCUUUCUUCUCUUGCAGGUGGGGCAGUGUGUGGUGGUCUUCAGCCAGGCCCCGAGCGGGCGGGCGCCUCUCAGCCCCAGCUUGAACUCCCGCCCAUCCCCCAUCAGCGCCACCCCGCCGGCCCUGGGUCCCGAGGCGCGGGAAUAUCGCUCCCAGUCCCCGGUGCGGACGGCGGAUGAGGCUCCCUGCGUCAACGGCCGGUGGGGCACCCUGAGGCCCCGGGCACAGAGGCAGACGCCCUCCAGCUCCCGGGAAGGGAGUCUCUCGCCGGCAAGAGAGGACAGCUCGCCCAUCCUGAACGGCAGCGGGGGCUUGUCGCCCGGCCCCCUGGCCACAGGGGGGGCCUCUCUGGACAGCCCCCUGCAGGCUGCUUCUCCCGGCAUGCCUUCUGCCAUCAAAGGACACGAUCCCAAGGCCGGCCUGCCCCUGGGCCCCCGGCGGGGCUCCCUCCCUGACCAGAAGGACCUGCGGCUGGCGGUGGCUGACUUAACCUGGGAGCCGAAGCCUCUGGCCACUUCCCUGGCCUGCCAACUGGACACUGCAGAGAACAGGACGGUCAGCCUGGCCUUCAGGAACCCUCCGGAACAGACCAACGGCCUCCAUACCCCGCCCCACACGGCCAGCUCCUUGGCGGGCGCAGUCUCCCCUGGUGCCCUGCGGCGGAGUCUGGAGGCGGUGAAAGCCCUCUCGGCCAAGGGACCCCCUACUCUGGCCGUCCUCAGUCCCCCUCUGGUCUCCUCGCCGGCGUCCCCUGGCAGCCAGAGCGGCAGCGCUAGCAGCACAGAGGGGGCGGCGGCAGCAGCCCCCAGCAUCCCCCGGCCCGUCUCCGCCCAGGGGGACGGCCACGCCUUGCCCCCCAUCGCCCGCAGGCUCGGCCACCACCCGCCGCAGUCGCUGAACGUGGGCAAGCCCCUGUACCAGAGCGUGAACUGCAAGCCCAUGCAGAUGUACGUGCUGGACGUCCGGGGGGCCCAGGAGCACGGGCGGGUGGCCUGGAAGGUCUUCCACAGCAGCUGUGUGGUAGGGCCCCCCGAGACCAGCCUGCACACCGUGGUGCAGGGCCGGGGGGAAGUCAUCAUCUUCGGCGGCCUGAUGGACAAGAAGCAGAACGUCAAGUACUAUCCCAAAACCAAUGCCUUGUACUUUGUCCGAGCAAAGAGAUAAUGCAGCGGCGGAAGCGGCUCCCCCCCCCCCUCAAGACCCCCUCAUCGUCGUCGUCCUCUUCCUCCUCCGUGCUCUGUCAAGCGGGCUGUGAAUCUGGGCAUCCACCCACCAAUAAAAAAAGAUCUAAGCAACUGGAA